GUUUUUUUAUACCGUCGUUUCGUUAACGUCCAUACAUGUUAUCUUUAAAUCCUACAUAUGCCGAAAAAUAGAUUUAAAAAAGAGAGCAUACGGGAAUCGUAUUUUCAGAUAGAUACAUACUCGAAAAGUAAAUCACAGCAGUCCACAGAAAAAAAAACAAUUGUUUGGAGAGAGAAGGUCAUAUCUCUCGGAAGAAGAGAAGAAAAAGCUUUCACACCAAGCAUAGGGAGGGAGCCGCCUUAUUUCUGCACACAUGUCUCUUUAGCAGAAGAAACCAAAUCUCUUUUUUUUUCCUCAGGACGCCGGAAGUAUCAGAUUCCAUCGCCGGUGACCGGAGAUCGGAGAGAAAGAGAGGGAUUUUGGGUUUUGAUGGGUUAUUACGGGAGUUGUGAUGUUUUGAAAUUUUAAAUCUUAAAUCUUUUUGGGAGGGGGGGUCAGACAGGCUUAUCAGAAAAGGUAGGUGCGAAAAGGGCUAAAAGAAGUUUUACGAAAAGCAGAUUGACUGGUAGCUCAAGAACUCCGAGGGGGAUAGAUUUAGAGAGAGAGAUUUAGUAAAAGAAGAAGAAGAGGGCAUGAGGAAGAAGACGAUAAAUCCCAGAAGAAAUCUGAUCGGCUGCAAUUUGUCUUUCUUGUCUAUGGGUUGAACCCAGAUUUGUUCACUUCUCUCUUUCCUUUGGUCUUACUUUUUUUCCUGUGUUUGCUUGGGAAAAAGGGGCAAAUUUUGUCUAGUUUUCAGUUUGGUGGUUUUGUUUUUCUUUAAACAUGCCGGUCGAUUUGGAUAACUCAUCCACAGUUUCCGGCGACGCAAGCGUCUCAUCCACCGGAAAUCAAAACCCACCUCCCAAAUCCGCCGGAAAAAAGAAGCGUAACCUCCCCGGCAUGCCUGAUCCAGACGCGGAAGUCAUAGCUCUGUCGCCGAAAACCCUACUGGCGACGAACCGAUUCGUCUGCGAAAUCUGCAACAAGGGUUUCCAGCGUGACCAGAAUCUCCAGCUCCACCGCCGCGGCCACAAUCUGCCAUGGAAGCUCCGGCAGAGAUCGAGCAAGGAGGUGAAGAAGAAAGUCUAUGUUUGUCCGGAGCCCACUUGUGUCCACCACGACCCGUCUCGCGCGUUGGGCGAUCUCACCGGCAUCAAGAAACACUUCUGUCGGAAACACGGCGAGAAGAAGUGGAAGUGCGAGAAAUGUUCGAAGAAAUACGCCGUUCAGUCCGACUGGAAGGCGCACUCGAAGAUUUGCGGCACCAAGGAGUACAAAUGCGACUGCGGCACUCUGUUUUCCAGGAGAGAUAGCUUCAUAACGCACAGAGCGUUCUGUGACGCCUUGGCUGAAGAGAGCGCGAGAAACCAUAACCAUGGCAAGAAGCAGAAUCCUGAAAUGGCUAGCCGGAAAAAUCUGGAGCCCGAUCCGAAAUCUCCAAUCGCCGCUCAUUCUCCGCCGCCGCCUCUUCCUCCGGCCCCACCUCCAGCUUCCGUGGCGGCGGCAGCUGCGGGUCAGGUGGAUGCCAAGCCUGCUAAGGUCAUGCCCUUGUCCAUUCAGCGUUCAGCCGCAGAAUCACCAGAAAACCCUCCUGAAGCAAUCCAGGAAGCUCCAAGGACGAUCGGUUUAAAUGCCAUCGCCAGCAAUAACACCGCCUCAGAUCCAGACACCAACGAUGGUAACAGUGAUGGUGUGUUCGCAGGCCUGUUCUUGUCUUCCACAGCUACUCCCAGUCUAUAUGCUUCUUCGACAGCUUCACCCAGUCUCUUCGCACCAUCCAGACCAAUCGAGCCCAUCUCUCUACGCCUCUCGACGAAUCACGGGUCAUCCUUGUUUGGGUCUACGCUGCAGGACCCAGCUCAGUUCCCGAACCCUCCUCCUCCGGCUCAGCCAGCCAUGUCCGCCACCGCUCUGCUUCAGAAAGCAGCCCAGAUGGGGGCUUCAGGGGGUUCAUUGCUUCGUGGGUUAGGCAUAGUUCCAUCUUCUUCGUCGACUAUGGAACUAAGCAGCAGCCACGACACGUCUCUGGCUCCUGGACUCGGACUGGGACUGCCUUGCGGAGGUGGCAACGGCUCCGGUUUGAAAGAGCUUAUGAUGGGAAACUCCUCAGUGUUUGGUCCGAAGCAGACAACACUCGACUUUCUGGGGUUAGGAAGGGCGGUUGGGGGAAGUGGGAGUCCAGGUGGCGGACUGUCUGCUCUGAUAACCUCCAUUGGAGGCGGUGGCGGCUUAGACGUCACAGCUUCGUUUGGGGCGGGAGAGUUUUCCGGCAAGGACAUGGGUAGGAGCUCGUAGGGACAGAAGACGGAUGGACGUAGAAGAAAAACCCUUAGUAUACAGUAAGUGUAGUGUGUCGGAGAGAUGGGUUUUAGAUCUCUGGCUCUUUGUUUUUAGCUUUAGUUUCUUGCCCUUUGGUGGGUUUUCCAUAAGAAGUACAUACAGUUUCUCGCAACGAAGAAACUUCCAUCUUUGAAAAAAAAAAUUAUUUAAAUUCGUUUCGUGGUAAUAAUCUGAAUCUUGUACUCA